AUUGCAUUGCAUGAGACUUGAGAUUUAGGGGCUGAGUUAGAUAUAUAAAUAUUAGUUAAGGCUUUUUCCUCUGCCCCUAAUCCUUGCAUCAUGGCAAUCAGUCACAGCACUUUGGCAUUUGCCUUUGGCAUGCUUGGUAAUGUCAUUUCAUUCAUGGUAUUCUUGGCUCCAAUGACAACAUUUUAUCGUAUUUAUAAGAAAAAAUCAACUGAAGGUUUUCAAUCACUACCUUAUCUAGUGGCCCUAUUCAGUUCCAUGCUCUGGCUGUACUAUGCAUUAGUAAAGAAAGAUGAAUUUCUCCUUAUUACCAUUAACUCAUUUGGAUGCGUCAUAGAGCUCACAUACAUCGUCUUGUACAUCAUCUAUGCGACCAAGGAUGCUAGGAAAUUAACGAUUAAGCUACUUUUGGCAAUGAACAUUGGAUCGUUUGGUUUGAUCCUUUUGGUGACAAACUACGCGGUGCACGGUCCAAUUCGUGUUGAAGUUCUUGGAUGGAUUUGUGUUUCUAUAUCAGUGAGUGUUUUUGCAGCGCCACUAACAAUUGUGGCACGAGUUGUUCGCACAAAGAGUGUUGAGUUUAUGCCUUUCAAUUUGUCAUUUACACUCACAUUGAGUGCAGUUAUGUGGUUUGGUUAUGGUCUUUUCCUCAAGGAUAUAUGCAUUGCUCUCCCAAAUGUGCUUGGCUUUGCACUGGGGUUGGUUCAGAUGAUACUGUAUUGCAUAUACAGGAAUGGUAAUAAAAAGAUGCCAAAUUCAAAGGCAGCACCGAUAGAUCCACUAAAAAGUAUUGUUAUAGAGUGCUCAUUAGGAGGAACCGGUGAAGUGUUUCCGGUUGAGGAAGAUGCAGAGAAAGGAAACAAGAUCGAAGAAGAAGGAAAAAAGAAGAGCAUGGAAGAAACCUUGUACGACUGCGCAGUCUAAUUAUAUAUGAAUGGCCACCACUAUCUUACUAUAUAAUUCUUACCUUCCUACUACAUAUAUAUAUGUUAUACGUAGUGAUCAUUCUAACAUCAUUGUGUGUGUUUAUUCAAAAACAUCAUUGUUUGUGUACUGUAUUUUAUUUUAUUUUAUUUUAGAGGUGGGAAGGUGAAUAAAUUCUAUCAUUGUCAUUAUUAAUGUAUUAGAAAAGUCAUUAAUUCUUAU